CAGGACCCCGGGGCCGCCCGGCGUCGCGCCCACAGGACCCCGGCGCCGAGCGAGGUGAGUCGCCCGCCGGCGCCCGAGCCGAGCCGAGCCGAGCCGAGCCGCCGCGAUGCUGGAGGAGGCGGGCGAGGUGCUGGAGAACGUGCUGAGGGCGUCCUGCCUGCCGCUCGGCUUCAUCGUCUUCCUGCCCGCCGUGCUGCUGCUCGUGGCGCCGCCGCUGCCCGCCGCCGACGCGGCGCACGAGUUCACCGUGUACCGCAUGCAGCAGUACGACCUGCAGGGCCAGCCCUACGGCACGCGGAACGCCGUGCUCAACACCGAGGCGCGCACGGCCGAGGCGGAGGUGCUGAGCCGGCGCUGCGUGCUGAUGCGGCUGCUCGACUUCUCCUACGAGCGCUACCAGCGGGCGCUGCGCCAGUCGGCGGGGGCGGUGGUCAUCAUCCUGCCCCGCGCCAUGGCCGCCGUGCCGCAGGACGUUGUGCGGCAAUUCAUGGAGACCGAGCCCGAGAUGCUGGCCAUGGAGACGCUGGUGCCCGUGUACUUCGCGGUGGAGGAUGACGCUUUGCUCUCUAUCUACCAGCAGACGCAGGCCGCCUCCGCCUCCCAGGGCUCCGCCUCGGCGGCUGAAGUGCUUCUACACACGGCCACGGCCAACGGCUUCCAGAUGGUGACGAGCGGGGUGCAGAGCAAGGCCCUGAGCGACUGGCUUAUCACCAGCGUGGAGGGCCGGCUCACGGGGCUGGGUGCCGAGGACCUGCCCACCAUCGUCCUGGUGGCCCACUACGACGCCUUCGGGGUGGCCCCGUGGCUGUCCCACGGGGCCGACUCCAACGGCAGCGGCGUCUCCGUGCUGCUCGAGCUGGCGCGCCUCUUCUCGCGACUCUACACCUACAAGCGCACCCAUGCGGCGUACAAUCUGCUCUUCUUCGCCUCGGGAGGCGGCAAGUUUAACUACCAGGGCACCAAGCGCUGGCUGGAGGAUAACCUAGACCACACAGACUCCAGCCUCCUGCAGGACAACGUGGCCUUCGUGCUGUGUCUGGACACGCUGGGCCGCGGCGACGGGCUGCACCUGCACGUGUCCAAGCCCCCGCGCGAGGGGACCCUGCAGCACGCCUUCCUGCGCGAGCUCCAGGCGGUGGCGGAGCACCAGUUCCCAGAAGUGCGCUUCUCCAUGGUGCACAAGAAGAUCAACCUGGCGGAGGACAUGCUGGCCUGGGAGCACGAGCGCUUCGCCAUCCGCCGCCUGCCGGCCUUCACGCUGUCGCACCUGGACAGCCACCGCGACGGCCAGCGCAGCAGCAUCAUGGACGUGAGGUCGCGCGUGGACUCCAAGACGCUGACCCGCAACACCAGGCUCAUCGCCGAAGCCCUGACGCGGGUCAUCUACAACCUGACGGAGAAGGGCGCCCCUCCCGACAUGCCCGUCUUCACGGAGCAGAUGCAGAUCCAGCAGGAGCAGCUGGACUCGGUGAUGGACUGGCUGGCCACACAGCCACGGGCGGCGCAGCUGCUGGCCAAGGAUGGGCCGUUCCUCAGCACCCUGGAGCAGCAGCUGGGCCGCUACCUCAAGGACGUGAAGCAGCACCACAUCCGGGCCGACAAGCGGGACCCCGAGUUCGUCUUCUAUGACCAGCUGAAGCAGGGUCAAGCCGGCCAUCUUCGACCUGCUGCUGGCCGUCGGCAUCGGCGCCUACCUGGGCAUGGCCUACACGGCGGUGCAGCACUUCGACCUCCUGUACAAGACGGUGCAGAGGCUGCUCAAGGCCAAGACGCAGUGACCCCUGGACCCCGGACCUGCGGCAGCCCCCAGCAGCCUGGGCCCUGUCCCCCCAGAGGCAGCCCCCCUUGCACUAGCCUCCCGGGCGCCGGGGCCUCAGUUUCCCUACCUGUGGUCCGGACGGGUGGGGGCCUGCAGGGGUGAGCUCAGGGAGCCUCAGCGCCUCAGUUCUCUAGCAAUAUGACCAGUGGUGUUCACGGGGCCGGGGACCCCUUCCCCACAGACUGUUUACUGCUUCCCUCGGGCUCCCGCGAGGGUUGGGGUGCUCGGGGUGGGCGGCCGGCCGACCGGUGAGAAAUAAAGCCAUAUUGAAGGGUG